AUGUCUGUUGAAAAAAUAGAAAAAAAAGAUGAAGUAAUAUUUGUAACAAAAGAAGAUCAUGAAUCACCAAGUAAAAUAAGUCUUCCUGAGCCAGAACCAAGUCCAGGUCUAAUACUACCAAAUGGUGAAAUAAAUUGGAAUUGUCCAUGUCUUGGUGGUAUGGCAACUGGACCAUGUGGUCUUGAAUUUCGUGAAGCAUAUUCAUGUUUUCAUUAUUCAACAGCUGAGCAAAAAGGUUCUGAUUGUUUUCAAGCAUUUACAUCAAUGCAAUCUUGCAUGUCUGAGUAUCCAGCAUUAUAUGGUAGCAAAGAUAAUGAUGAUCUAGAAACAGAUGAUAAUGAACAACAAGAACAUCAACAUAAAACAUCUAGCCAAAAUGAACUUAAACAACAAGAUCAAAUUAAUAAUCAACAUCAAAAUGAUGAUGAUGAAAAAAAAACUAGCAAUGAUGGACAACAAAUUCAACCUAUCUAGACAUUAACAAUUGUUCAUUUAGACAUAUACACAAUUAUUAUUAUUUGUUUAUUAUCAUUUUUCUUUUUCUAUUUUGUAUUUUAAUGAAGAAAUAAUUUUAAAUGUUUUGAAAAACAAAAAAAAAAAAGAAGAUAAACAACAACAGAGGAUUUUGGACUCUAGAUGACGAUGCAACAAUUGAAUGACUUUUAAUCACGUAAUUCAUUUUUGUUUAUUAAUCUAUUUGUUAUUAACAUUAUUUCUUUUUUUUUUGUUUCUGUUGUUUCUUCAAGUUCAGUAAACACAAUUGAUAGAAAUUUUUAUAAAUUAUUUUUACCAAAUAAAAAUGCAUUUUCUUUUUGAAUUAUCAACAUGUCCA